AGGAACAGUGAGGCUGAGGCUGGGUGGCCUCCGAGCCCAGGGCUUGGGCCCCAUCCUGAUCCUCCAGGACCUAAGGGCAGGAGACAGCAGGCUCAGGCAGCAGGAGGGAGGGUGAGGAGGAGGACGCCUGGACCUGAGCCCAGGGCCCUGGGUGGAAGGUCCUGGUGGGCGGCACGAGGGUGUGGGGUGAGUAGGCCCAGGAGGCUGAGAAAGCAGCUGCUUCGGGACCAGGAGCUUUGAGGUGGUGUGAGGACACCUGGUCCCCACAUGCUUCCUAUCACCAGGGCAUGGGUCCCUUAUCAAGCUGAGACGUCACUGUUUGGUAUCAAAUGCCAAAGUCUAAGUUGGGACCAUCCACAGUGUCCCCGAUGACACCUGAUAGGAGAGGCCCCCAGGUUCCCCAGCUCACGGUCACUUCCGGCCUGAGCCCAGCACCCAGCACCCUCAGCACCCGCCAGGCCUUCCAGUCAAAACCAGCGAGGGAGCCGGGGAGCCAGGGCCCCUCAGUCGGCCCCGGAACUGGACUGGGCUCGCCUGACGACUACCUGAGCCAGGUCCCCCACCCCACUCUGGAUGCAGUGGACCUAGUGGACAGGACGCUGAGGAACACAGGCCUCUCAUGCCUCAGCCCCUCCUCCAGCCUGUGCCCUGGUGCCCCCAGCUGGCGGAGGGGGGUCUUGGAAAUGGCCAUACUCAAUUCCACCCCCACAGGGACCUCUAGUUCUGCUCCAGUCUUGCAGGAGGGUGACACAGACCCCUGGGCCCUCCCUCAGCUGAAGGACACCAGCCAGCCCUGGAAAGAGCUCCCAAUAGCCAGCAGGCUGCGUCUCGUCGCUGGCAACCUCCUCAAGGCCUGCGGGCUCCUCGGAUGCCUGUACCUGUUCAUCUGCUCCCUGGACGUCCUCAGCUCUGCCUUCCAGCUGCUGGGCAGCAGACUGGCCGGAGACAUCUUUAGGGACAACGUGGUGCUGUCCAACCCUGUGGCUGGACUGGUCAUUGGUGUGCUGGUCACAGCCCUGGUGCAGAGCUCAAGCACGUCCUCCUCCAUCGUGGUCAGCAUGGUGGCCGCUAAGCUGCUGACUGUCCGGGCGUCCGUGCCCAUCAUCAUGGGUGUCAACGUAGGCACAUCCAUCACCAGCACCCUGGUCUCAAUGGCGCAGUCAGGGGACCGGGAUGAAUUUCAGAGGGCCUUCAGCGGCUCGGCGGUGCACGGCAUCUUCAACUGGCUCACCGUGCUGGUCAUGCUGCCGCUGGAGACUGCCACAGCCCUGCUGGAGAGGGUCAGCGAGCUGGCCGUGGGUGCCGCCAGCCUGGAGCCCGGGGCACAGGCACCCGACAUCCUCAAGGUGCUGACCAAGCCACUCACACACCUCAUCGUGCAGCUGGACUCUGACGUGAUCAUGGGCAGUGCCACGGGCAACGCCACCACCAGCAGCCUCAUUAAGCAGUGGUGCAGCUCCACCGGGCAGCCAACCAAGGGGAACAGCAGCGACUGUGGAGACUCUGGUCCCUGCAAGGAGAGGAACGGCACAGCCCCAGCAGACAGGUUGCCCUGCCACCACCUGUUUGUGGGCACGGAGCUCACGGACCUGGCCGUGGGCUUCAUCCUGCUGGCCGGCUCCCUGCUGGUGCUCUGCAGCUGCCUGGUCCUCAUUGUCAAGCUGCUCAACUCUGUGCUGCAUGGCCGCGUGGCCCAGGCCGUGAAGACCAUCAUCAACGCGGACUUCCCCUUCCCUCUGGGCUGGCUCAGCGGCUACCUGGCCCUCCUUGUGGGCGCCGGCCUGACCUUUGCACUGCAGAGCAGCAGCGUCUUCACAGCAGCCAUCGUGCCCCUCAUGGGAGUUGGGGUGAUCAGCCUGGACCGGGCGUACCCCCUGUUACUGGGCUCCAACAUCGGCACCACCACCACAGCCCUGCUGGCCGCCCUGGCCAGCCCCGCAGACAGAAUAUUCAGCGCCCUGCAGGUACUGUCCACCCGCCCACUGCCAGAGCCUGCCAAGCUCCCUCUCAGCCAGGCAUCUCCCAAGCUCCACGCCCCCAGGCAGGCUGUGCCCCCACCCUCCCAGACCCCUUCCCUGGUGGGGCCCCUGCCCUCCUGGACCCCCAGGCUGGCUGUGCCCCCACUCUCCCAAACUUCUUCCCUGGCCAUGCCCCACCCUCCUGGACCCCUUCCCCGGCCAUGCUCCACCCUCCCAGACCCCUUCCCCGGCCAUGCCCCUGCCCUCCCGGAAACCCCGGGCUGGCCGCGCCCCUGCCCUCCUGGCCGCCAGCCUCAGCCCUAUUGCUCAGCCUCCUUGGACCCCGCCCUGCACAUAUCUCUUGCCCACUCUGCAUCUCCUCACUUGAGACCUCCUCAUUUUCACAUUUUCUCAGCUCUCUGCUGUGCCCCUGGAGGCCUACCCCCGAGGCCUCAGGGGACUCCAAGCCCCUCUAUUCCAGCACCCUCAGAUGCCUCUCCCCCAAUUCCUGCUCCCUCGAGGAGCAGCCACUCACCCCCUGCAGGUCCCCAUCUAGACGACCCUCCCACCCCCCAUCCCACAUCUGCAAAGGCCAAGUCACACCUGUGCUGGGCCCUGCCUUGCCGCUGUCCCAGCUGUGACUCUGCCUCCAGGACACCUCCCCAGUCUGAGCCCCCAGCUCUGUGCCCCACCCCCAGGCUCACUCAGUCCAGCUAGUUCUCCCGCUAAAACACCCCCUUUUUGGCCGGCCUGCUGCCCGGAAGCCCAACAGGCUCAGCUCCUGCAGUCCCAGGCUACGCUGGGCCUCAGACAGGAAGAGACCAGCACAGCAGCCCCAGAUCCCACCCUAGGCCUUGGCUCUUCCCUGUCUGUCCACUCAGACCCUCCCAGUGCAAGGUCCUCCACCCGCUCCAGGAAGUCCUCCAGACUGCACCUGUGUGUGCAUCCUUGCAGUCUAACAGCCUCUGGAGGGCUGUGUGUUCUCCCUUCUGUGGCCCUGCACCUCCUCCCUCUAGGGCCUGAGGGCUAAAGAGAAGGGGUCUCCUGGCACGAGGCACAGGCAGAGCCAAGUCAGAGGGUGCCUCCCCCACGGGGUCCCCCUUAGGGCAGCAGUAAUGUGGUUGGCGCCCGGGGUGCUGGGCUGGGCUGGGCUGCAGCUCCCAGGCUUGCAGAGAGGUAUGUGGGAGGAGCGUGUCCACCUCUGGCUGCAGUCCACUCCCCAGACGGCCAUCUCAGCCGUGGAGCAGAAUAAACUUCGGACUUGGUGUCCCUUCUGCAGGGCAGAGUAGGGCAGGGGUCCUGAGCCCUUGGUGACCCCACCUCAUCGGGCCCAGGACCCUGACAGCCCCCUUGCCCCCAGGUCGCCCUCAUCCACUUCUUUUUCAACCUGGCCGGCAUCCUGCUGUGGUAUCUGGUGCCUGCGCUGCGGCUGCCCAUCAUGCUGGCCAGGCACUUUGGGGCAGUGACCGCCCGUUACCGCUGGGUGGCUGGGGCCUACCU